GAAUAUUUGUUUUGCAUCGCAAUGAAAUUGAUCAUUGUUUUCUAUCUGUCUGUCUGUCUCUCUCUCUCUCCCUCUCUAGUUUAAUCAUCUUUUCCUUUGCGUGGAAAUAGAAUUUUUUGUUGGGAAAAUCGAGCAUAGCUUGAUACUCGAAAAGCGUGUUAUGUCCGUGGAAACGUUGCCGCGCAAGUCCGAACCGAUCGACUCAACGGCAUACCUACCUAUACACUUACCAAAAGUAGAGGGUUUGCGAGGGUGCCAGAGAGGGAUGUGCGGUGCACCGAUACUCCCCUGUAGAGACGACGGUGUCUCCAUCUGGAAUAUCAGAACAACCCCGAAAAACUGAACGCACACACUUGGGGUGCUACUCCCGCAGUAUCAACCACUCGGUACUCCCCCGAAGGUCGUCACGUCCUGCAUGCACCAUGUACAGUUACGUCCUAUCGCAACGUGUCCAGUUUUCCAACGUGCAAUAAUAUAAUAACGACGACGACGACGACGAUGACGACGAUGAGGAUGAUGAUGAAAAAGGACACGUCGUACCGGACGAGGGUGAAAGUUUCGGGAGAAAACAAUCGCUGGAUUCGUUGUAAUUUUUAUCAAUUUUUCAAAGAGUGACGAUCCAAUCUCCGCAGGGACCUCGAAGGGGAUUGGGAAUCACGGUGACGAGGAACUAGUACCCCAAUGGUGUGAUGUGCAGGUGAUCGAGAAAUUGAAAAAAUAGAAACGCAAAGACAGCUUAGUGCCGGGUGUCGAGUAAUCGAAAUAUAGAUAUGAAACUACAACCGCUCGCGUUCGUUUAAUUGGCAUAUUUUGUUCGGUAUUUUUUUUCCUUUCAACGGGCCUUCCUCCGGCCAUCGGGUCAUGGGGUGUAAACAAUGUUCUCGGAGUUGUGCAGAGAGACACUUAGAAAAGCGGCGGUCUGCUACAGUUCGGGAAGAUCCGCCAGUCCAUCACCAUCGCCACCACCAUCACCGCCCUCGUCUCCCGCCAAGGAGAUUUCAAGGUCUUCUUCGUCCUCAUCUUCGUCUUUAUCUUCGUCUUCAACUUCGUCGUCCGGUAGUAUGGAGAUCAAGGAAUAUCGAUACUGUUCAGACGGAAAAACCAAUUCGUCGUCAACGGUCAUUUUUAAGGAAAGGAAGCCACCGGCUACGCCUACGGACUUUUCGCCAGCUGGAAGGAGAGCUAGAAGAAAUACUUUAUUCACAUCUACGGAACAACGACAGGAUAUCGUUUGUAAAGGAGGAUACCGAUCGAGACGGGAUAAUAAUAACUCGCCAAACGAACCGAUCUACGAUUCAUCAAACUCCGAAGACGAAGCUGGAGCCGCUUCCGAGAAGGCUAAACCAAGAUCCUCCAACACUUCACGCAAUCGCCACUCUUUUUCAAAGGAUGUCAAAAGGCGAAGUCUCUAUGACGAGGACUCCCUCGACGGUGACAGUCCAUACGACGUACAAGGACGCGAAUCAGUUGGAAGCACCAAAGAACCGGACAGAGUGAAGCUAGUCCGUGACAGGCAAAACGAGGAGCGUCAACGGAAACUUGAAGAGCUCAGACAGCAGGCCCUAGCCGCCCAACGUUUCAGGGAACAACGAGAGGAAGAAAGACGGAAAAGAAUCGACGAGCUCAGGUGUCGCGACAAUGACAGGCGGAACCAGGUAGAGGAGAGAAAACGGCUGAUAUGGGAAGCAGAAAGGGAACGGAGGGAGGCGAUAUUACGGAAGAAUCAAGAGAGAGAGGCUCGGAUUGAGGCGAAAAAGAAAAAUGAGAGAUCGCACAUCGUAUUUGCAUUUGGCAGCUCGACGCCGAGGAUGCUGGAGCCAGCGGAUACGGGCGGUUCCACAUUCUGGGGUACUCGUCGGGCCACUUCAACGACCAACGUCAUGAUGUUCACGGCUGCCCAACCGCUCACUAGGCGAUCUUCGGAGAGAGAACUCGACGGCAGUAAGAAAAGAGCCACUUCUGCGGGAGGACUCGACCGCAAACCCGGAGAAGAUAUGCGAAUGUCCUCGUCAAUGUACGAGGUGUUCAAUUGGAACGCUAGCCCCGAUCCUCCCCUUACUCCUGCAAAAAUAAAGAGAGCGAGUCUCUCUUUGCCCCCCAACUGCGACAUCUUUGACAUCGACUAUAAGCCCGCCGUUCAUGGUAGAGAUUCUAGGCCACCCAACAUUACUCAGCGCACAGUCAGCGGUGAAGAGAGCGACGGAACACCGGGAACUCCGAGCUCCGCUUAUCUACGUGUGAACAGGAGGCGGACGGAUCUAAUGCCGACAAUCCCAUCGCCGAGAGACGGUAUUCCUUCUACAGGACGUAGCUCGAGCGCCAAGGCAUUCACGCGAUCACCAGGUAGGACUUACUCCAUGUCCAGGCUGGACCAAUUGUCACAGCCUCGGAAACGCCCGAGCGAGCUUAGCACCCUGGCAGAACAGCAGUCCCAGCCUCUGGGGGCUUCUAGCAUGAGUCGCAGCAUGUCUCACUUGGCUGCAGCUGGAUCAAAAAGCCUUAAGCGAUCCGAUAAUUCUCGUAGUAUGGGUACUUUGCCAGGUGCUACUUUAACCGCACCGAGACCGACCAAAGCCGAUAGAUUGCGACGCAGGGCUAGGGAUCAACAGCAACAACAUCAGCCUCAACAGCAACAGCAGCAGCAGCAGCAAGGUAUUCGCAGCGGUGAGGUGACUCCAUGCAGCCCAUCGCGACCUCACAGCUCCUUGAGUCAGCAGAGCGGCAGCAGCGUAGGCAGCAGUAAUGUCAGUCUUCGCCCUCGCACGACAACCCCACGUCGUCCACGUCCCGCUUCCAUCGCCGGAACAGGUGUUACUGUCACAGAGCGACACAAUUUUGUUGGGGAUAUUAAAAUAUCGAAAGAUUCCAAGCCGCCACUGCCAAAGGUUCACAAUAGCACUCCAAAGAAACCGUCGACGCAAAAAGUAGCUGAAAUUGUAAAGAAGCCAACCGAUAAAUUGAUUAAAUCCGCCAAGGCGUCUCCUCGGAUUACUCCUAGAGCCACUCCAUUGCAAAGUCCUGGCAAUGAGCAGCCACCACUUAUUCAAACUAAUAUCGAAGUUGAAGAAACAAAGCAUGAAAACGUCACCACAGAUCAGAAGGAAUUUGAUCGUAAACUCAUAGAACGGAAUGAAGAGAAACUCGAUCAUGGAACUGAAAAAAUAGAAACACAGCAGGAAUCAACAGUAACAGAGACAAAAGUUGAGCAAACAACUGCCGUAAUUGCAGAAACCAAACCAGAAGAACCAGCUAUUGUUGCGGAGCUAUCUGACAAAAAUGAGACCGAUCUUUCCAUCCAAGAUCAUCUUUCGAGUGCUCGAUCUACUUCUGCUACAGCUCCAGUUCAACCACUCGGUGAGACAACCGUGAAGCCUGAGAAAAAGGACGAGAAAAAAGUAGACAAAAAAAAUCCAGAUACUGAAUUUAAAUCAGAGGGUGAUGGCGAAGAACCUGUUGAUAUGACAGCUUCAAUGAUUGCCAAAACCAGAAUAACUACCGAGGAGGAAGCAAAAGCAGCUUUGGCUGAGCGAAGGAGACUCGCCCGAGUGCAAGCUGAACGUGAAGCUGAACUAGAACGUCAAAGAAUUGAAGCGGAAAUUCGCCUGGAAGAGGAACGGCAACGUGCGGAAGAGGAGGAACAGCGCCGGCUGGAAGAAGAGACUUUGAGAUUGGCAAGCGAAGCUCGUCAGGCUGAAGAACAGCGACUGAGGCUGGCCAUCGAAGAAGCUCAACGGCGUGAAGAGGAAGACAGAAAAAGACGGGAAGAAGAAGCACGUCAGAAAGUAGAGAAGGAAGAGGCAGAAAGAAAGGCCAGAGAAGAAGCUGAAAAACAGCGCAUCGAAAUGGCUGAACGAUUAAAGAAAGAAGAGGAAGAGAGGAUCGCGAGACGUAAACGAGUCGAAGCAAUAAUGCUCAGAACCAGGGGAAAAAAUCAACCUAAUACACCCACUAAGGGGGAAGGUGGUGAUGGAGAUAAACUCAAAGAAGAGAGUCCUGGCGACGAAGGUAAAGGACUGUCUGUGGAUAAAGGACUAGGUAGUGACGUAAUGACAGCAAGUCUCAUCUCCGAAGCAACACAGCAAUUUAUAGCGGCGGAACAGCAAGCUCUCCACAUCGAGCAUAAUUCGAUAUCGUCGACGUUGACAACUACGACGACGACAACGACGAUGCCCCUGGAAAUUAUUCGAAAUGGUAGUACACAUACAAAUGGUGUGAAUGGUGGCAGCAAUAAUUUGCUACUGGACAACGCCCAAGGAAAUGGCGAAGGAGAGCUAAACGGUCACCACAAUACUAACCAUGGAAAUGGUAUUAAUAGCCACAACGAACCCCUCGUCGCUCUAGACAACGCAACUGUCAAGCAAAACAACGCAACGAACAACCUCUUAGACCUAUCGGAGUUUGCAGACAAUAUGAGCAACUCUACAACAACUGGACAAAUCCUUGAACUCACUCCAAAACUGGCUAACGAAGAUUCGAUCAACUCAAAUCUUAAUCCCACGGCCAUACCAUUCAAUCCUUUGGGCAACCAAUUCGUACCGACCUCUACAAACGCCAACGAUAAUACCAACUCUUUCCAGGACACGUUCGGCAACAAAACACAGGACAACAAUCAAGUACCAGAUCUUCUAUCGUAGGCAGUGUGCGCUAGAAUAAUUAUGGUGACUGAAAUAACGAUGGAAGAAAAUCUAAGACGGAGUAAAAUUACCCAGCUUGUCGUCGGCAAGUGCGUUUUUAAGAGUAAUUCCCGACCGUCUUUGAUACUUGGGUUUUGUAAAUACUAAAUGAUAAAAGUAUAAUGUAAUAUGUAAUACUACGGAGAAUGACGACGACGAUGACACGAUGCUUUUUGAAGCGGUGAAUUCAAGUAUAAGUAGAAAGAAAAUGACUGGAGUGAUAUUGUCUAGCUGAUCUCCCCUUCGAUGGAGAGUAGAAAAAGCUAUUCAAUUUAUUAUCAUAAUUACUAUAAUUAAUAGACAAAAAUAGGUGUAACAUAGUAUACAAAUAUAAUAUCUAUAUAUACACACAGACACGUAUGCGUGUUUGUACGUGUGUGUACCGUGUACAUACCCCGCAUAUAUUGGAUAUGCUUAUAUACAUACACAUAUAAUAUUAUUAUCAUCAAGUUUAAUAUUAAAUAAUUAUUGAACAUGGCUAAAUUCUAUUCAUGUCAAAUCUAUUGAUAAUGCCUACUUGUCGAUGAGGUCAGUGCACUGUAUCAAUUUCCACAUAGCUGCGGUGGGCUUUUGAAAUAAUGUAGGCGAUCGAAAGAAAAGGAAUCAAUGAGUUUGCCACAAUUGACAAAAAUUAUAAAUAAUAAAUCUUUUGUCUAUUGAUUCGAAUAACCGUAUAAAUUUACUUUAUCUACAAAAUAAGAUGAUGAUUAUUUAGCUAUCGCAGCUGUGUUGUGAUUAUAUAUUAUAAUAUGGGAUCGUCCGGCAAUGUGGAAUACACGAGGUGAGUCCGAAUUGUCGGAAAAUACCAUGAAUUCGUUCUAAAAGCUCUUGUCUAGAAUAUCCAUCUUGAUAUAUCCAGUCUAAUUAUCUUGUCAUAUCGUUAGCGUCGCUUGAAUUAAAAUUUUCAAAUAUUCUAAAUGGCGAAUUCCCGAACCUACAAGACGUACCAUCAAGGAUUUACCUUUGAACACGACUGCAGCUAUAUUGUUAGUAAAGUUGUAAGAGAGUCAGAAAAAAAGAUAUGGAACGAACAGUUGGGUUAAAGUCAGAGAUGGCUGACGAAUAAUUAUUUCAAUCAGAGCUCCUCAGCAUUACCUGUGUAGUUUAAAAAUUAUUUGUUGCAAUUAAAAAAUUUGAAACAACUCUAGAGUGAUCUACAGAAAUCAGCUGGAACGUUGUUUCUCUUCUGAAUAAAUAUGAUGGGCUACCUAACUAUCAGAGAACAAACUUGAAUAAUUUUAUAUUCGUAGAAUUUAUUUAGAUGGUAAUAUCGUGGGGCAGUAUUGUUCGAAGAUAACCCCUGGGUUCUAAUCGUGGCUUAGCAUUAUUAAAUAAUUGAUACAUGAUACUGCAUACGUACGUAUCACACCGCUUACCAUUGUAAAUUGUGAAAAAAAAAAGAAAAUUGAAUUAAUACUGUUAACACGUAACAAUUUUGCCCAAAAUUAAAUUACGCAGCAGCGAGGCGCGAAUUCACUAGUCAGCCACCUUGUUAAUUAACGUUAAUAAUUAUCUUAAUUGUACCUAAUUACAUUGAAAGUUAUUUUGA